AAUAAUCAUUAUGGGAACUGCAGGAACUAGAAAAUCUUAUUUAAUAAAAGCAGUUGUAGCUCGACUUAAUGAAUUGGCUAAAGAUUACGGUGCUGAGAACAAAUCACCUGUAUUCGUACUUGCAUCAACUGGAGUUGCAGCAUAA